AUGAAGGUGCUGGAUACGUUACCUACAGAUUUUUGCAGCCUGCCGAUUAUCGUGGGAGAUGAGGCCAUGUAUUGCACAGCUUCGCAAUCGCAAGGUGCAGAAGGUACUUUCUUGACAGAUGGCAGAGGCGAACCGAACGGCGACAGGCUCGAGGAGGGGGAACAGGAGGAGGAGCGAGAAGGAGAAGAAGGACGUGAAGAUGGAGAAGGAGAAGGAGAAGAAGAAGAAGAUUUAGUGGAGAAUAUUGCAGACGCCAUCUUAGAAGCAGCCGAGACUGCGUGGCUGCGCUUUUCCAGCUCCAUCACCGGCCAAAUCCGCGAAGUGUGCACGAGCAAGGUCCGAGCGGUUUGCUUGGAGGUCCUCAAGCGAACAGAUGACUCGCCGCUCCUCGAGACUGCUCCAGCUGGCUUUGCAUACGACGACGACGCUCGCUUUCUCGACUAA